GUUGUGCAGCGCUCCCGCUCCCUUUUGCUCCGCUUGGCUCUCUGGAGGAAAAUAAUGGCUGUACGACUUGGUUAUAACCAACAAGAGGUCCAGCUUUAGCGUUUGGGCAUCGGAACAGUAAAAUAAAUGGCAGUCCAAGCAACUGUGUCGAAAAAGUGAUUUAUGAGUAGAGACUAAGCGUUUAAAAUGACACCUCAGCAACAUUAACAGCUUAACAGCUUUUUUUUUUUUUUUUUUGUAAAAUAUACUUUGAAGGCUCAGUAGCAUUUAUGCCGUAUAACUGUUGAAAUCGAGAGGACUGACACUGAAGUGGUUGGCUUCUGCUUUUUUUCCACCGAUCUAACAGACCUGGAGCCAGCAAGACUCAGAGGAAAGGACUUAAUCAGGUUUAUGUGUACUAAAGGUUAUGAAGACAGUAUGGAGUUUCCUGACCACAGUAGACAUUUGCUACAGUGUCUGAGUGAGCAGAGACAUCAGGGUUUUCUUUGUGAUUGCACUGUUCUGGUAGGAGAUGCCCAGUUCCGAGCACACAGAGCUGUACUGGCUUCAUGCAGCAUGUAUUUCCACCUCUUUUACAAGGACCAGCUGGACAAAAGGGACAUUGUUCAUCUGAACAGCGACAUUGUUACAGCCCCAGCCUUCGCUCUCCUGCUUGAAUUCAUGUACGAAGGAAAACUCCAGUUCAAAGACUUGCCCAUUGAAGACGUGCUCGCAGCUGCCAGUUAUCUCCACAUGUAUGACAUUGUCAAAGUCUGCAAAAAGAAGCUGAAAGAGAAAGCAACCACGGAGGCAGACAGUACAAAAAAGGAGGAAGACGCCUCAAGUUGUUCAGACAAAGUGGAGAGCCUCUCCGAUGGCAGCAGCCACAUGCCAGGAGACUUACCCAGUGAUGAAGAUGAAGGAGAAGAUGAAAAAUUGAACAUCCUGCCUAGCAAAAGAGACUUGGCGGCUGAGCCUGGGAACAUGUGGAUGAGAUUGCCCUCAGACUCAGCAGGCAUUCCCCAGACUGGCGGAGAGGCAGAGACACACGCAACAGCAGCUGGAAAAACAGUAGCCAGCCCCUGCAGCUCAACAGAGUCUUUGUCCCAGAGGUCUGUCACCUCCGUGAGGGAUUCAGCAGAUGUUGACUGCGUGCUGGACCUGUCUGUCAAGUCCAGCCUUUCAGGAGUUGAAAAUCUGAACAGUUCUUAUUUCUCUUCGCAGGACAUGCUUAGAAGCAGCCUGGUUCAGGUGAAGGUGGAGAAAGAGGCUUCCUGUGAUGAGAGUGAUGUUGGCACUAAUGACUAUGAUAUGGAACAUAGCACUGUGAAAGAAAGUGUGAGCACUAAUAACAGGGUACAGUAUGAGCCGGCCCAUCUGGCUCCUAUGAGGGAAGAUUCGGUCUUGAGGGAGCUAGAUAGAGAGGACAAGGCAAGUGAUGAUGAAAUGAUAACUCCAGAGAAUGAGCGAGUCCAGGUGGAAGGAAACAUGGACAGCAGUUUGCUCCCUUACGUGUCCAACAUACUUAGCCCUGCUGGCCAAAUUUUUAUGUGUCCUCUCUGCAACAAAGUCUUUCCCAGUCCCCACAUUCUGCAGAUCCAUUUAAGCACGCACUUUCGAGAGCAGGACGGGAUCCGCAGCAAGCCUGCUACUGAUGUCAAUGUCCCAACCUGCUCAUUGUGUGGUAAGACUUUUUCUUGCAUGUACACCUUGAAACGUCAUGAGAGGACUCAUUCAGGUGAAAAGCCCUACACUUGCACCCAGUGUGGGAAGAGCUUCCAGUACUCCCACAACCUGAGCCGCCAUGCAGUGGUUCACACACGGGAGAAGCCACAUGCUUGUAAGUGGUGUGAACGUAGGUUCACGCAGUCCGGAGACCUUUACAGACACAUUCGGAAGUUUCACUGUGAGUUGGUGAACUCAUUGUCUGUCAAAAGCGAAGCACUGAGCUUACCUACUGUCAGAGACUGGACCUUAGAAGAUAGCUCACAAGAACUUUGGAAAUAAAAUUUUUAUAUAUAUAAAUAAUAUAUAUAUAAAUAUAUAUAGUUGUGGUACAGUCUAAAAGCAAUCUUGUUUCCUUGAACUGAAAGUUUGGCUAUUAGCUUGUUUUUGCACUUUAAGGCAGCAUGAAUAUUUCACUAAUUUAGCACUCUGAUAAAAAUGAAGUUUAGAGGUAAUACAGCAAAGUAAUAAGCUACGGAGCAUAUUUCCCCCUUUUUGGAAUACAAGCCAGUGAAUACUUUACUUUCAAAGAAUCUCAAAUUCGAAAAUUUUGACAUGGCUUUAUUCUCCCCAAAACACUGCAUUAUUUAAAGCUCUAGAUUUUUUUUUUUUCUUUAAAAUCUGAAUGUAGAAAUCCUCUCCCAAUUUUAUCAGUUCCUUUACAUUUCUAAAAUUGCAUGAGUCCUUUCUAGCUGUUGGAAACCUGAAUGCUUUUAGACCCAAAUGGAAAAUUUCUGAAAUGCUGGAUUAUCUAUUUUUAAACAAGCGGUUGACUUAAAACUUAUUAUGGCAACUUCUGGAUUUCUGACAGUUCCCACUGGAAAAAAAACAAAAACAUAAAACAAAAACCCUGAAAGUACACUGGGAUCACUGGGACUCUGUCUUAUGUGAAGGUUUGCUUGGGAUGAAAAAGGAUAUUGCAGCUUCAGCAGUGAUGAACUGUGUGUUUAAAAAUGUGAAUUACUGUUAUUGUAUACUGUAAUUGAUUACAUGGGCCGGGGGGAGGUAUCAAAGAACUUGGCAGGUUGUGUUGAUGCUCUUAGUUGAGUCUUGAAAAGUAAAUAUUAACGCUACAGAAAUGCAUGAGUUUCAGUAUAUUUUUGUCUUUGUUUGCAUUGUAUAACUUUAAUGAGUGAGUUUAAAAUUAUUUAAUUUCCUUAGGAAAAACACCAUUGAAAGUACUGGUGUUACGAAGAACAUAAAUGCACUGUUUUUAUUUUAUAUAAUUUAAAUUUACUUUCCCACUGUCUUUUAAGUUGAGAAAAACUUAAGCUACGAGUUGAUAAUUUAGCUACAUAACAAGGAAAAUAUGAAUGUUUACAAACAGGCUUAAAGAUUUGCAUGUGCAGUGUGCAUUUAUUAAAAGAAAACCUUCUAAUUGCACAAACCCCAUGCCAGCUCAAACUUUAGGUGCAUAAGGAUUCCUUCUGCACAAAUCAACAAUAGGUCAUUCUUUUUUCCCCCCUUGAAAAGAUUCUAUGGACUGAAAAAGCCCCAGGCUGAAAGGACUGGAAAGCCUUGAUUGACACGGGGGAUGGGGGGGAGGGUAGAGGACUAUGUGUAUCCAAGCAGCAGAGACUGCAGCCUGACGUGUGGUUUUAAUGACCAACACACAGGUCAAAAGCAUUUUGCACAGUGUUUGUUUUCCUGUCUUGCACUUACAAAUAAGGUCUAUGGGAGUAGCAUGGAAAACGUUUGCUGUUUUUCCUUUUUUUUCUGCUUUUGUUUAAAAUUUGAUCGCCUUAACUACUGUAAACAUAGCCUAUUUUUGUGCUUAAGAUACUGAAUGGAAAACUCCAUUGUGUAUUGCUGGACUGUUUUGGAAAUAUUUGGUCAAAUGUGUGUUAAUUUGGCUGUAAUGGCAUUUAAAACAAAAAAAAAAAGCUGUGAAAAUGGCCUUGGAGCGUUAUCUUUAGUUACUUGAAUAGUUUCUAGGUUUUAAAAAUACAUUCUUUUAUUAAUUUAGAGAAGACAAUCAGUGUCUGAGAAAAAUGGACUUUCUCUUGGAUUUUUUUGUGGUCCUUGUGAGUGAUUGCUUUUUUUCUUUUAUUAGUUUCACAUUCUUCUUUUGUUCUAAAACUUAGACUGACAUCUAGCUUUGACAAUCAUAGUAUGUUUUAUUUUCCUGAGGGGGGAAUAACUUAUAAUGCUGUUUAGUUUUGUACUAUUGGUGUGUUGGUGAAUUUUUAAACUGUGUGCUAACUGCAAUAAAUUAUAUGAACUGAGAAAUCAAUUCCCUUGUCUUUUUUCCCUCUUUUAAAUUAUAGUUACGGAGUAUUUUUUAUAAUGUGUAACUUUAUUACUUUUGUACAGACUUCUAUUGCUAACUGUGUAUGGAAUAUGUUUUCAGUAUGCUUUUGAGCACUUUGUUGCUAACGUACAUAUUUACAUCUCACUUAACACUUAAAAAAAAUUAAAUGCUUGUGUUUUGAAA